CCACCUGCCCACUCUCCUUCCUUCUCCAGCAGAGGGCUGCUGCAGAGCCAGAGAGAGCCCCGGAGAGCCCCACAGCAAGAAGCCCUCAGGGGACCGGGGUAGAGGGGGCAUGAAGGGAGAACCAGCUGCUCAGGUGGGUUACUGCCAUAAGAUCAAGGCCCUUGGGGGAACCAGGGGCUCCCUGUCCUCAAGCCUGGACUUUCAGCUCAGCCAAGGUGACCAGGUCUUUUCAGCCUGCAGACCACCUCCAGACACAGUGGAUACUCGUGGCCCAUCCUAUGCCAACUGGCUGUGCCCUUUGCCACUGACACCGUUCAGAUCUUCCCAGCUGGCCUGCCCCCAGGGCCUGGACUUAUACCUGUACACCCUACAGCCAGCACUCCUGGGCACAGUCCCACAGGGCCUCAGAGAGGACGCUUCGAGCACAAAGCACCAGCCAUCAGAGCUGCACCCCAGCUCCACUGAUGAUGAGAAACUCACAGCCAAGUACCCACCAAGGAGGGAUGAGAUGGGAAGCCAGCCUGAAAGAGCUGGCAAGGGUGCCCCCUGCCUAGCCUUCUCUCCCCAUGACAGCUCUUCCCCAUCCUCCUGGCAGAAUAGAAAGAGCCCCAGCCCAUCGGCUUUCUGCCCUUUCUCCCCUCCUGCUCCCAUCUCCAAGGAGCUUCCAUUCCACUUCUACCCUUUCUACCCUAGGUACCCAUUUCUCCUGCCUCCACAUUACCUGUUCACCUAUGGGGCUCUACCUUCUGUUCAACGUUCCCACCUCUUCAUGCUCCCCCAAGACACCUCCUUCCCUACCAUGGCUGUGCCUAGCUUACUGAUGACAGUCAAUGAGCCUGGGCACCACAGCACCCAGAGAAACAUCCUGCUUCCCUACCCAGGAACCUGCCAGGCUUCUGGCCAAGCCCUACCUUCCCAGGCCCAGAAUCCAGGCCCUAGAGCUGCCCUAACCUACUCCCCAGGGCUGGAGUGUGCUGGUGUGGCUGCCCCAGCUAAGCUAGGCCCACAGGGUUCCCAGACUGGCAGAGCAGCCCUGCCUUACCCAUUGCAGAAAGAGAACGGCAAAAUCCUGUACAAGUGCAACGUGUGCAGUAAGACCUUUGGGCAGCUCUCCAAUCUCAAGGUCCACCUGCGCGUGCACAGUGGGGAGCGUCCAUUCCAGUGUACCCUGUGCCAGAAGAGGUUCACCCAGCUUGCCCACCUACAGAAGCACCAUUUGGUGCACACUGGAGAGCGGCCCCACGAGUGCCCGACAUGCCACAAGCGCUUCAGCAGCUCCAGCAACCUCAAGACCCACCUGCGCCUACACUUGGAGGCCCGGCCCUUCCAGUGCAGCAUCUGCCUGAGUCGCUUCACCCAGCACGUCCACCUGAAGAUGCACCAUCGGCUGCAUGCCCCAAGGUCCCAGGGCCUGGCUCAUGCCCACCUUUCGCUGGCCUCUCUGGCCUGCCCUGCCCCAUGGAACCAGGGAGUACUAGAUCUUGUAGUGGUGCCAUCAGAGAAACAGAUGGCCUGCCAUGUGGACAAGAUCAAGGUGUCCUUGACAUCUGGGGGAAAUCAAGAAUAG